ACAGGACAGGACACCCCUCAUGCUUGCUCCAUAAACCUCACCACAUUUUGCUGCCGCAGCUGCUGUGGCGAGUCUGGCACGGACUUCCACACUAAUCCGUUUCGCUGUGACAAAUACAAGAAAAAUAAGAAAACAACGGAAUGUUCCCGCUUUCUCUCUCGGCAAGGUCGGUUUCCACAGACGAGUGAAGACACCGCUCAUUUACCAUGAGCUGUUUGGAUGUUAUGUACCCAGCCUAUGGACAUUACGCACCGUACGCAUCGACUGCUCCUGCCUUUUUCAACAGCUUACAGGCUCCCACAGGUCUGAACAGCACUCCUUCUCACUGCCGGGACUUUAUGGACUCCCAGGGGUCCCAAGGGAUGUCUGGGGGCCCAGGCAACGCAGGAUCAGCUUCCUCCUCUUCUUCGUCCAGCUCUACUUCAUCCUCCUACACGCCUGCGGCUUCAAGGCCAGAGGAGGGGAGCAAGGAGAAGCAGGAGGGCCCCGAGGCAGAGUACCUGACUUCCCGCUGCGUCCUCUUCACCUACUACCAGGGAGACAUCAGCAGCGUGGUGGACGAACACUUCUCCAGGGCCCUGAGCUCCUACAUGGAUGGCGAGGGCAAGCGGAGGGGGCCAGAGCAACAGGGCACAGAUACCCCUUCACCCAGCAGCCGACGAAGCUUCCCCCCAUCCUUCUGGGACAGUAACUACUCCUCGCCACAGAGCCGCUCCCACUGUGAGACGGGAGCACCCUCCUAUUCCAUGGACCCAUACGCAUCAGGGUUACACCCGGGCCUGCAUCCGCACGCCCACCCUCACCCGCACGCUCACCCUCACUCCCAUCCUCACCCGGCAGAGAGCUGGGGAUACACCCAAGCGCAGGCCUACGGGCCACCGAGGCCUCUCCACGAACUUUAUUCACCCGCGGCUUUAGAGCCUCACUACGGGCCCCUGCUGAUGCCCACGGUGAGGCCACCUCACCUCCCGGCCUUGCCGAGCCACUAUGAAGUGAGCAAGCUGGAACCUGCCGCCACCUGGCCGAGCCUGCUUCCCCCAGGAGAUGUCAGCCAGACGCUGGCACUCAACAUGGACGCAGGCCUCCAGCAGCACAAGAAAGGCAAGGAGCUGUACUGGUUCUAACGAGCCCUUCAGUCACAUUGACCAGCCAUUACCAGAUCCAAUUAGUCCCUGGACCUGCUCCGCUAUUGAAGCAGCGUGUCCCUUUAUCCCCCCUCUCCACCACACACACACACACACACACACACACACACACACACACACACACACACACACACACACACACACACACACACACACACACACACAUACACUGCAUCCCCAUCCAUCCACCCCCUUCUCUCUGCUCCUGGCCUCCCCUGCCAGUACACAGCCUUGCUCCAGGUCGACGUGUGUGCACCAUGGAGAUAAAGCAGAGAGAGAGGGAGAGAGAGAGAGAGAGAGAGAGAGAGAGAGAGAGAGCGAGAGACAGAGGGAGAGUGUCGCCGACCACAAUCUGUGCCGUUGCAUCCUCUCACUCGUCUCUCCACAGCUUCCCCCUCUCCUGCCGCUGCCGGUGCGGCACAGACCUUGGCGAGGUGCGAGCCACGGUGACCUGUUUGGACUGAGAAAGACAGGAUCACAACAGACUUUUAACAGAGGAGAGAGAGAAGUGGGGAUGAAUGAAGGGACAGGGGGAUAAAUAGCAGGGAGCAGGGAUUCCCUCCAACGUCCCUGGUUAUCUCUGCCUCAUGCUCUUUUGUUGGUACAGUGGCCGUCAUCAUCCACUUAUCUGCAUUUGACAAAUGCAACAUGCAGCGAUAAACAGGGCCGGCAAUUAUGGCGGUUUGUGCUUUGUGACUGUCAUCAUGAUGCCUAUUUCUUUUUGGGGUUGUUAUUAUAUAUUUUCGCUCUCCGAAAUAAAGUGUUUCUAUUUAUUGGUGUUCAUGUGCAUUUCUAAAAUGUUUGUUUCGGCCAGUGUUCUGAAAUGACUGUGGUUCAGUUUAUUGUGUUUUCUAAAGACAGAGGAGCACGAGCAUCCUGCGUCGUCGACGGAGCUUCUCAUUUAUCUAGGAAGGAAUCUUGAGCGGAGAAUAAAGAGUUCUUUAUUUCUCAAAAACAUAUCAGAAAUUUUGGUUCAGUUAAACGAGGAGCUGUUUGCACUGAACACCUCACAGAUUGUGCUCUUUCAAUUUGAUGAUGUUGUUCCAUUUUAGUUCUUGAUUUCUCUGUCAUUCUUAGAUGUUUUGAAUGUGGAAUUUCUAAAGGAUUGUGACGUGAAUAAAUAUUUUUAUGGUA